AUGGAUGUAUCUCUUAACCCAAUUACCCAACAGGCACAGGUUAACAUCCUUGAUAUUUGGGAUACACAUUCCUCCAUAUUCUUUCCUCAUGCAAACCAGAUGCCAGUUUGCAAGGUGAAGUUUCCUAUUCCCUUCAAAAUCACUCCAAAGACAAUGAGCAAGCUGGCUGUUAAUCAGGUCCAGGGCCCAUUUGGGGAAUUUGAAGAAGGAGAGCAGGUUAGGAUAUGUUUGAGGGCAUCAAAUUCAAGUGUGAGGUGGGCUUUAUGCUUCCUAAUCUCAGCUUCUAUAUUCAUACUCCACCCUCUAGCAAACCUUCUAAAUCUCCGAGCUUUCUCCUGGCAGUUCAAGCAUGUCCUGGUGGAUCCGAGGCAGUACGGUGUGUUGAUGGAGAGCUUGUGUGCAGGUGGUAAGUAUGAUGGUGCUGUGCAGGUGCUCGAUGAGCUUCUAGAGAAGGGCACACUGCUUAGCCCAAAGAGUCCAGUGAUGGAAGCACCGGCUUAUAAUCCAGUGAUUGAGUAUCUGUGCGACAAUGGGAAUACCAACAAGGCCGAGACGUUCUUCAGGCAGCUGAUGAAGAAAGGUGUGGAUGACAAGUCUGCAUUCAACAGUCUUAUCCGUGGGCAUGCAAAGGAAGGUGCGCUAGAGGCCGCAAAGGAGAUUCUUGCCAUUAUGACACGCCGUGGCGUCCCUACUGACCCCCACUCGCACGCACUGCUUAUUGAUAGCUUCCUGAAGAAGAACGAGCCAGCUGAUGCAAAGACGGCACUGGACAGCAUGAUGGAACAUGGUCACUUACCAAGGCCAGCUCUGUUCCAGUCUGUCAUGGCGGCACUUUUCAACGAUGGCCGGGUUCAGACCGCAAGCAGGGUCAUGAAGAGUAUGAUCGAGAAGGGGAUUACCGAGAACAUGGAUAUGGCACAUAAGAUCGUGGAGGCUCUCUUCAUGAGGUGUCAUGUGGAGGAGGCGAUUGGUCGCGUCAAUCUGAUGGUGGAAAAUGGCUGUAUGCCUGAUCUGGAUAAGUUGCUAGCUGCCCUUUGCGAGAAGGACAAAGUGAUGGAGGCACAAAAGCUGGCUGAUUUUGCGUUGGACCGGGACUUUGAAGUUAGCUUCUCAACCUAUGACAGAGUCCUGGAAGCCCUGUACACUGAGGAGAAGACAUUGCCACCCUACUCCAUGCUCUGCAAGAUCAAGCACAAAGGAGGCGUUGUAGAUCAGAAGGGUUGCGAUGCUUUGAUGGAUAGCUUAAAAGCUGGAGGAUACUCAAAGCAAGCUGACAUUUUGUCUAGGAUCUUGGUGGAGAAUGGAUCAUCAAUAUCCAAGAGGGGCAAGAAGUCUGCCAUGGGUGCAUAGGGAGGUUUCUGGGUUCAUGGAGAGGUCCUAUUUUCCUUUCUGAACUGAAGAAAACAGUGGUUUGUUUGUUUUAUUAAUGCUUGUUGUCCCAUCUGUCAGAUUGGGAUUUUCAUCCCAGGAGACAAGAAGAAUAGGUAAAUUUACCUUUCUCACGAAACCCCUGAUUUAAUCAUGUGCCAUUUUCUUAGAAAAGAAACAUGUUUAAUAAUUGAGGCAGAUGUACUUGUUAUGAAUUUAGUUCAGAAAUUACAUCUAUGACAUGCUUGGAA